AAUGAUAAUCAAGAGACAGAGAGAGUGAUUAAAGUGUCAAAAUUGGCGUUCAACAAUUGCUUGGUAUACACUAAAUCCGCCAAGCAAAUAAGCCUUCUUAUUCUAUUCACUCACUCGCAUACACGUAGACCAGCACUACCAUCAAUGACGGAGCCACCGCCACCGCCACCGCCUCCACCACCUUUACCUUCAACAGAGUCGCUCAUUAGGCGGUACAAGCCCGUUUGGCGUUUCUUCUUGAUCUUCAAUCUCGCUCUUGGAGCUUACAUUUUUGCGGGAGCAAGAAAAAAAGAUGUAAGCAAAGCUGCAGAAAAAAGUGUGAGUCAUCGCAAAGCUAAAGCGGAAGUCCCCUCCGAUCCUAUUACAAGUACUGCUAUCCCAAUUUCUGAGAUUCCAUCUCUUCCUUCACCAGUACUGGAGCCUGUGAAGAUACAGCAGCCCAUCCCUGGAGAUCAGCAGCUUGAACUUUUCCAGUGGAUGUUGGAGGAGAAAAGAAAAAUCAAACCCAAGGAUCGUCAAGAGCAGAAACAAAUUGAUGAAGAGAAGGCAAUUCUCAAGCAGUUUAUUCGAGCAAAAUCUGUUCCAAGUCUUUAGUUGAUGCUUCUCUUCAGUCAAUAUCUGUUAUAGAUAACAUGUGACAACUUACAAGGGACAGGCUCCCGGAUUUAGGUGCUCCCAUUGUGGGAUUCAUUUUGAACUUUCAGUUAGAUGACAGUGGCUUUAUAUGGUUUAGGCUAUAGCUACUGAUUUAAAUACUGAUUAUGAUACCGAUUUUUCCUCUAUAAAAAGUAAUUUACUUUUUCAUUGAAAGCAAA